CAGGGUCUCUGACAUGAGCUUAUUGAAGAGUAAACGAAGGCAGAGAGCAGCUGAGCUGUGUAGAACAUUGUAGCUUACAAAUGAAUGCCCUUGAAAUGUCCUACAUAAUAGUUGUGUGUGUGUGUGUGUGUGUGUAAUUGCAGAUACAUUUGGUGCCCAAAGUCAUUAUUUAGCAAUAUAUACAAUUCCAUGAUUUUUCAUGACUUGGUAUGAUUUUAUUAAUUUUCCAUUUCCAUAUUUGUAAAGAAAAUAUAGUAACUUCAUGGACCUCCAGUUUUAAUUUAACACAUUGUAGUUUUAGUUUUAUUUACAAAAUAAACUGUUUAAUGCCCCAAAAAAACAUUUAAUGCUAAAUCUAAGAUUUGUGUGUAACUAGCUAUAUGUUUGGGGGGGAUUAAAGUUUUAUACAACAUGAAUAAAUGAACAAUACAUUGCAAUAUUUAAAGCUCAAAAUCAUGUAGGCUAUUCAAUGAAUUCAACCUUUUUGCAGACCUAGUAACUUAUUCCGAUAGGGGGCGACAACAACGCCCGAGCGCAAUUCUGCCAGCUGACAGACAAUCACGAAGAAGUGUUUUGUUGUCAUGGCGGUGUUUUAAACUGCCUGGCACUUCCUAUAAACAAAUCUUGAUUUUAGCUUCUCUUUACAAACUGUCAGUUAUGUUUAAACAUAAUACAUCGGAUUUACUCGUCGGUUGUCUAUAUAGGAUGUGUUUUCGUGUGAUAAAUCAAUUGCUUUUCGCUGUCGAUCGAAUGAGUCAGUAGAGAAUUAUUUUCUCUGAGAAGGAUUACUCAAGCAGGAUUGGUUGAAUUGAUUGCUUCCAUCAAGACAGCUGGUAAAAAAAUAUUAUCAGGAUGAUUUCAGAUUUCCAAAGGGGGUCUGCUAUGGCCAUUGGUGAACUGGGCUCUGUGAAUCACGAAUGGAUUAAAAAAGGCUCCUCUGGGUCUCAAAUGACUGGUCUGCAAACACAGCUUCAGUUCAAUAACACAGUGACAGCCAGUGUUGUUAACCGAGCCACCCGCGUGGGACCCCCUUCUCCCAUCGUAAUAGAGAAACUUAUACCCCGUACAGAGAGGCAGGAUGAUCUGGAGAGCUGCAGCAGCUCCGUACGUCUCUCAGUCUUCUCAGAAGAGCGUCUGCAGGCAGCCAUCAGACUCGCCAGGAGAGAUCUGCGCAGGAAACAUCAGGAAUCCAUCAGCUGUUUGUCACUUGAGCCCACAGAGAGAUCCCAGAAUAUCAGCCCUGAAAGAAGCAACAUGGAUUACAGUCCUCAUGUGGUGCACCCAAAGAUGUCAGGUCCAAUGAAACAAUUAAAAAAUGGUGCUCAGGUGCUUGUGUAUACUCCUCAGGAACCCAACAGCCAACUUAAACAGGGCCAGCCACCCACCAAAGACCUCGACCCGAGAGUCAACAGCGGUGAACCUCAGCUCACCCAGGAAAUACGGAAAUUACAGAAGGAGCUGAGCACAUAUGUGCAAAGGAUAGAGCAGUUGGCUAAUAAAGGACGUGCUGUGGAGGUUCUGGAGCCUGAUGAGAAACAAAGGAUGGAGAUCCGGAGACAGGAGCAGGCAGCCCGAUCUGCACGCAUCAUCUAUGUGUUACAACAGCAGGUUAAAGAAAUACAGGAGGAUCUAGACAAGCUGCGUUCCCAGAAUGUCAAACACACCAAAAAGUCCAGGGCAAUAGACAGACUGGCUGCUGCUCACCGGGGGGCUGUAAGAGCCAUGCAGGUUUUUAUCAACCAGCUGUCAGACCCUGCAGAGAACAGAGUGCCCACCCACUGCAAAGAGCUGGGGCAGCUGAUUCGCCAGCUCUCUCUCUGUUCAGCCAAAGCAGAGGUGGGGCAAGGAUCCGGCGUACCAGAGACAGCCCUCGACAUCCUGCAGAAAUUAGAGACGCUGGACUCAGCACUGAGUAAGCAGGAGACACCCAAGAAAAGAGAUGUCGAUUUGCAAAAUGUCAACCCAGCGGAAAAGACUUCUACCAGGGUCAGGGUCCGCAGCAUGUCCCCUCCCCGUCCUGCCAGAGCACCAGCUGAGAGGACCUCACAAAGACCCCGAAAGCCAGCUGCUGCAAAAAAGCCUGGUGGCAGCAGACUGGCAGCAAAAUCCCACAGGACCUCACAAGCACUGGUGAAGGAGCGCAAUGAAGUUCUGAGGGCAGGGCUAGAGAGCCUCUUACAUCAUCAAAAACUACAGAAGGCAGAAGCACAGAAACCCAACAAAACUACCAGUGCCAUCAACCCGGACCAUGUUAAGGCCAGUCAUGUUCGUGAUGCCAGCUUCCAGCAGCCCACUGUCUCAUCCCGACUGAGAGAAAACCAGGUACCUCAGAAAGAGCCCACUGUGCCUUGGAUACCAACAUCCCCUCACUCUCCUCCUUGCCCACGUGCUGUGUCAAGCCGGCCAGAGCCCAGAUGUCUGUUCUCACCUAAAAAGAGCCCUGAAAAGCAGAAGCCACAGAUUAGCCCGUCAUCACAUGACAGGAAACAAGCCCAAAAUGAAGCACUUAGGCAAGCCUGGCUGGAUCGGGUGACUGCAGACAGACUAAGGGAACUGAAUCGUUUGAGUAAAGAGGAGGCUGACCACAUUGACAAACUCCGGACCACAGUGGGUUCUCCGACACAAUGGGCGGAAAAAGCUGAGCAGGCUGCUAGAGAAAGAAUUCAACCUUUGUUGGAUCAAGCAAAGGUGGUUGGAGCAGGAAGUGACACACUCAGAGAGCGGCUGAAGGUUGCAGAUAAGCCUGGGGCCAGUGCGGAUGUACUGAGCGAAGCUCUUCUGGAAGAUCUUCUGGAGGACGCAGCUCGAGCUCUGUGGAUGACUGAGAGGCAGCAGGUGGCUGAGGCUGAUGCUGAGAAGCAGCUGCAGGGCCCCACUUUAGAGAGCAUGUUGCUGAGGAUGGAGGAGAUGGAGAGAGACCAGGAAGAAGUGCGUCGGCGCUUUGCUAUGAUCUCAUACUCUGACCCUCUUAUCUGGGAAAAAGGCACAGAUGCUCAAAGGAAUAUUACUAGCUCCAGGCCAGCCUCUCCUCAGCCAAUCCGACUGACGAAACCAGUCCUGAAUGCACCCAGUAUGGCCGACAUCCUCCUGCAAAAGCCAGUGGAGACUGGAGCUGCAUCAGACACAUCGAUACUAGAUGAGGAGUCUUUAACUCUAAAUGACCCCAGUCAUCCAGCCCCAGCUGGAGGGGGAAGCACACAAGGGUUUUACUUGACUGUGCCGCCCAGCAUGCAGAGGAGUAUCCAGAAAUACAGGGAGAACCAUGAUGCCUUUCUGCGCCUGGUUUCGCACGAGGCUCUGGGGAGCUUCAAUCCUUGGGCAAUAGCAGACAGUCUGGCUGAUGAGCUAAUGGCUGAGGCUCUGGCUGAUGUGGCGGCAGAGUUCCAGGAUGUUUGCGAAGAGUAUGCGGAAGCUGUUUUCACUUCAGAGUUCCUCCAGCCAGUCCAGUCUCCCACCACAUCAAUGUCAUAGAGACUCCUUAUGAACAACUUACAAGCAAUGACACUUUGAUAUAUGUUUGGAACUGAACAUGGUCAUUUCCAGGUUUAUAUUUUUGUAUGUUUUUCCAUGGAUUACAUUUAAAUACUGGACUAUACAAUCACUGAAUAGAACCUGCUGGUUAGAGCUCGGUUUUUACUCAGGCAUUUCUGUUGUAAUGUGAAACCUCAGGGGGCGGUCUGACUUUUAAAUGCAAACAGAUGCUUUUUAGUACACAGCUAACAAAUGUCACAUCAAUGUGUCAUAAUCCAUACAACCUUCUUUGUGCAUUAGUCAAUGAAUUGGUCGACUUUUGCAUUUGCUAUUCAGCAUAGACAAAAGCCUUAAAAGAACCUCUACAUUAUUAAUGCAUUACAAAUGAUAAGAUUUACACUGUUUUCUAUAAAUAUCUCGCACUAGAGGAUCACACACUCGCUUUCUCCUGGGUUGCAUUAAUGCUGUCCGCAUCAGAACGCAAACUUGUUACUUUGUGGACUGAUUUCAUAUGCUCUAAAUGUUUUUGUUUCUCUAUGCUAAUUGUCUUCAAGUUCACUAAGUGUCCAUAUGUUGCCCAGUGUGACUGGACAGAUGAGGUAUACUUAGAUUGUAUAGUUUAUGUGUCCGACCCCUGAGGGGGAAAGUGGCCUCCAGAUGGGUCCAGAUGCUGUGCUGGUAUGCUGGAAAUGUGCUCGGACAGAAUGAGCAUUACAAGGAUUCUUUCCAUUGAAAAGCAUACACACAUACAGCUCCUAUAUAACAAAGUAAGGCUAUAAUAAUAAGAAAGUGUGCAGUUUAGACAAAUUUAGGAAUAUAAAAUGAGGGCCCAUGUCUUUUUGUGACUUUAAAAGUAUUGGUUGUCCCCUUAUUGCUUAAUUCUAAUGCAGUGAGCAGAUUUUAUGGUACGUUUCUUAACCUGUCAAGUUGUAGUUUAAACCCCCAGAUGUGAGUCACAGGUUUCUUCCCAGUGUUCAGCAACCUACUUAUUUGUGAAAAGUGCCAAAAGCAAACUAAUGCACAAGUAACUGCAUUUGCCAGCAAAUUCUAGGCUUUGUGCCAUGAACUAUUAUGAAUGCUGUGAUGCUACAGGAAUAUAGUCACCAAUUUGGCAUGAACUUGUUCUUGGUUGUGUUUUAAUUGCUGGUGAAAGAUACCUGUUAAAUUUGUAUUGUAUUUAUAAUCAUGAUUUAAUUUAUAAAGAAAAUAAAUGUUUUAAAAUGGC